GCGCUCGAUUCGGUUUACUUCACCGGCUUUGCAGAGACCAACAAGACCUUUGUUAUCACUCGUCUUGCGAAACGUCCUGGUGGAAUCUGUGAGAUGUGGCUCUUCCUGAAAGUGGAUGGAAUAGGAGAGUUUGAACACCCACAGCAUCCAAACAUGAUGGUGAAUGAUGAAUCUGAAGAGAUUUGGAGUGGAGGAGGCCUCACUAUUGAAUACUUAGAGCCCCAAGCACGCUGGAAGAUAAGCUUUGACGGAUUGCUGAGAAAGGGGCCCUACCGACAGCAGUGGAGCGAAGAGGAAGGCGAACUUAUUCCAGUUAAAUUCUCUUUCCAUUGGGAGAACUUCACAGAAGUCUUUAACUUUAGUGUUGACAGUCACCCCAGCACAUUUGUACGUGCCUUUGCCCAGGAACCGUGGACCAUCGAGUUCUUCCAGAGGGUCAGAAAGCAAAGGGAACAACAUUUCCGACAUGAGCAGUGGGGCCAGUCUGUUGGAGAAAUUGAAAUAAAAAAUCACGAGAAAAGGGAACUUUCCCUCAAAGGCGUUCGGAGCCACUCUUACGGUAUCCGGGACUGGUCUGAGAUUUACCGUUACGUCAUGAUUUUGGCACGCUUUGAAGAUGGGACUACAGCUCAUUUAACAGUUAUCAAUAUGCCAGCUACAACAAAAAACCUCACUGUAGGUUAUGUCUUUUUCCCCGAUGGGAGGAAGGCUGGCAUUGAGUGGUCCAACGCCUCGCUGGCUGAGCUGGCUGAUGAUGGUGUUAUCAAGGAAAAAUAUGGAGUCAGUUUUACUGCCGGUGGCAAGUACUUUGAUGUUUCUGCAAUGCUGGAUAAGCAGGCUUGCCCCAUGGUGUAUAAUGGCCUGACUGGAAGUGGUGUUUUCCAUGAGUGUGUUGCUGAUUUUCAACUGAAUGGCUUAACACAAGGCUGGGGCUUGGUUGAAUUUUAUUACAG